UGAGUCGCCCGUUAGCCAGAAACAACCGCGCUUAAAAGCCACAUUCGCCCACCCUUCCAUCAGGCUGUCCGGGGGUCUAAACAUGGCCAACAUCACCAAGAAAGUGUCGUGGUCCAGCCGGGCUGACGAGUCCGGGGCCACCGGGGAAGGCACGCCGCUGCUCAACGGCGCCGAGCAGGCCAGAUACUCCAGACAGCUGUCUGGAGGAGGCAGUAUAUUUCAGAUAGGCAGACUCAGCACGGUGGAUUUGGAAGAAGAGGUGGCGUCAGAAGAGGACUCACCGAGGGGCCGGCCUAAAGAGAUCCCCCACAACGAGAAGCUGCUGUCUCUGAAGUUUGAGAGUCUGGACUAUGAUAAUAUCGAGAACCAGCUGUUUCUGGAGGAGGAGAGGAGGAUGAGUUACCUGGGUUUCCGUUGUGUGGAGAUCAGUCGCUGGGUGGUCUGUGGUCUCAUCGGUUUCCUCACCGGCCUCAUCGCCUGUUUCAUAGACAUCGUGGUGGAGCAGCUGGCGGGGGUCAAAUACCUAGUGGUCAAAGAGAACAUAGAGAAAUUUACAGAGGUGGGCGGUCUGUCCAUCUCUCUCAUCCUCUGGGCUGUCCUCAACUCUGUCUUCGUCAUGGUGGGGGCCAUCAUAGUUGCCUUCUUUGAGCCCAUAGCAGCAGGCAGCGGCAUCCCUCAGAUCAAAUGUUACCUGAACGGAGUCAAGAUCCCCAGGGUGGUACGACUCAAGACUCUGGUGGUUAAAGUGGGUGGUGUUAUCUGUUCGGUGGCUGGAGGACUUGCUGUUGGAAAGGAAGGUCCCAUGAUUCACUCCGGCGCUGUUGUGGCUGCAGGGGUCUCCCAGGGAAGGAGCACCUCCUUGAAGAAAGACUUUAAGAUCUUUGAAUAUUUCCGCAGAGACACGGAGAAAAGAGACUUUGUUUCUGCUGGAGCUGCUGCCGGUGUGUCAGCUGCUUUCGGAGCGCCAGUCGGCGGCGUUCUGUUUUCUCUGGAGGAAGGAGCUUCCUUCUGGAACCAGAUGCUGACAUGGAGAAUAUUCUUUGCCUCCAUGAUCUCGACCUUCACCCUGAACUUCUUCCUCAGCAUCUACCACGAAAAGCCAGGAGACCUGUCCAGCCCCGGUCUCAUCAACUUUGGACGCUUUGAGAGUGACAGUGUGGCGUACAACCUGUAUGAGAUUCCCCUUUUCAUCGCCAUGGGAGCUAUCGGUGGGUUGCUGGGAGCGCUUUUCAACGUCCUCAAUUACUGGCUGACCAUCUUCAGGAUCAGGUAUGUUCACCGGCCCUGUCUGCAAGUGAUGGAGGCCAUGUUGGUUGCCGCAGUGACAGCGACGGUGUCGUUUGCCAUGAUCUACUUCUCUAAUGACUGUCAGCCGCUGAGGCCGGACCACGCGGAGGAGUAUCCUCUCCAGUUGUUCUGUGCAGAUGGAGAGUAUAACUCCAUGGCGACCGCCUUCUUCAACACCCCUGAGAGAAGCGUCCGAAGUCUCUUCCACAAUCAGCCAGGUACCUAUAACCCCCUGACCCUGGGCAUGUUCACCCUGACAUAUUUCUUCCUGGCGUGUUGGACCUACGGCCUGACGGUGUCCGCUGGAGUCUUCAUCCCCUCCCUCCUCAUCGGAGCCGCCUGGGGGAGGCUGUUUGGCAUCCUGCUGGCCUCCAUCACCUCCAGCGGCUCAAUUUGGGCCGACCCCGGCAAAUAUGCCCUGAUUGGAGCCGCCGCACAGCUCGGGGGCAUCGUAAGGAUGACUCUGAGUUUGACGGUCAUCAUGGUGGAAGCCACUGGAAACGUCACCUACGGCCUUCCCAUCAUGCUGGUCCUCAUGACCGCCAAGAUAGUCGGGGAUUACUUUGUAGAGGGUCUGUAUGACAUCCAUAUUAAGCUGCAGAGUGUUCCUUUCCUCCACUGGGAGGCUCCGGCCACUUCUCAUUGGUUAACAGCUCGAGAGGUGAUGAGUUCUCCAGUCACCUGUUUCAACAGGAUAGAGAAAGUAGGAACCAUCGUCGACGUCCUCAGCAACACGUCCACCAAUCACAAUGGCUUCCCCGUCGUGGUGCGCGUGGACACCAGUGACGAGCCGGCGAAGCUGUGCGGUCUCACUCGCUCGCAGCUCAUCGUUUUACUCAAACACAAGGUGUUUGUGGAGCUGGCUCGGUCCAGACUGACCCAGAGGAAACUCCAGCUGAAGGACUUCCGGGACGCCUACCCUCGUUUCCCUCCCAUCCAGAGCAUCCACGUCUCCCAGGACGAGAGGGAGUGCAUGAUGGACCUCACCGAGUUCAUGAACGCCACGCCCUACACCGUGCCACAGGAGACUUCUCUUCCUCGUGUGUUUAAACUGUUCAGAGCGUUGGGACUGAGACAUCUAGUGGUGGUGGAUGACCAGAACAGGGUGACAGGGCUUGUAACCCGGAAGGACUUGGCCAGGUAUCACCUGGGCAAACACGGGCUGGAGGAGCUGCAGCUGGCACAGACAUAGUGAACACACACAGCUGGACCCUGGGACAGGGUUACACAGACACACACAUCAUGGACUCGACUCGCAUACCAGGACACACACACACACACACACACACACACACACUCCCACGGAUUACGUUUUUACAUGACUAUGACCUUGGUCACAUGGUGCCUAGCUACUGACUGACCCCCUCGGUGAUGGACUCUGGGAGGACGUUGGGGUUCCAGAGGUCUCUUGUCAUUUCUCUGACGCCCGAAUCGCCGUGACGACGCGAGGCCGUCGCGUCCACGGCUCCGCAUCGGGAUCGGCCGCAGGAGUUCGGGAAACAGGAGACUCAUCUUCGCAGCCUUUCUCACGCGGCUGGAAACCCGAUCGGAUCCUUCAAGACUACGCGGGUGUUGCCGCGUGAGCGUUCAUCCGCUUUUCUCCUCCCUUCGAGGUUUGCAGACAGAAACUCUCAGCCUUAAUCGCUUUGGAAUCCUUUCGUUUAAUAGUUGAUUUCCUUAAUUGUUUUGUAAGCUUCAGUCGGCACGCGGGCGGGCUGGGGACACGCAGGUUGUCGAUGUGUUUCAUAAGGUUUUCCCUCGCCGGGGUCGGGGAGACGGCGUCCCUCAUCAGCGCCACGGUUUGUCCGGUGAUGUGCAGAGGCGCCGUCUCGUUUCCUCUGUUGCCUCCGCAUGAACGCCUCUGAUCGGUUUGAUGGCCUCGUGUAACAGGCGGAGGAGAGAUGGUGUUGUGUAGUGUUUUUUUGUUUUUUUCUUCUGUGUGUCUAAUGAUGGUAUAAAGUGACGGUGCACAACAACACAGAGUCGUACAUUUCCUCCGCUGGAAGAGAAGGCGGACGGCUGGCGAGGGUUUCGUCGUCGCGUCCUCCCGAGCUCGUGUUUGGGUGACACGGGUGCGCCGUCGCUAUUCCGAUAUGCGGAGGCGGGUCAAAGGUCACCGAAAAACUCACGCGGAAGGUGCGUUAAGAGCAGCGAGGGUGGAGUUUGAGGUCGUAGAUGCAGCCGCCGGAGGCCUCAGCUGUUCGCCUCAGUGUGGCGAGAGAGAGGCCAGAUGUUCUACUUGUUGUUGACUUGGUGUGAUUUCC